CCACUUGGGGUUUCAGCGGUCCGCAGACUCCGUUACCCAGCUUCCUUUGUGGGAGUGCUGUGGCGCACUUCCGGUGGAGGUGCUGAGAGAGGGGGUGGAGUCUGAGGAGCCGGUGGGCGGUAGGCGGUGCUGCCGGUGGCUGAGGGCUGUCUAAAGGCGACAGGGCAUCGCUAGGGAGCCAUCUGUGACCGGUUGGCCCACACUUAACGUGGGACGAAGCUUCGGCUGCUGUUUGAGUACGUGCGGCCUCGCUUUCAUGUCGGCCCUCGAGAAGAGCAUGCACCUUGGCCGCCUGCCCUCUCGCCCUCCCCUACCCGGCAGCGGGGGCAGUCAGAGCGGAGCCAAGAUGCGAAUGGGCCCUGGAAGAAAGCGGGACUUUUCCCCUGUUUCUUGGAGUCAGUACUUUGAGUCCAUGGAAGAUGUGGAAGUAGAGAAUGAAACUGGCAAAGAUACUUUUCGUGUUUACAAGAGUGGUUCAGAGGGCCCAGUCCUACUCCUUCUGCAUGGGGGAGGCCAUUCUGCCCUUUCCUGGGCUGUGUUCACAGCAGCAAUCAUUAGUAGAGUUCAGUGUAGGAUUGUGGCUUUGGAUCUGCGAAGUCAUGGUGAAACAAAGGUCAAGAAUCCUGAAGACCUGUCUGCAGAAACAAUGGCAAAAGAUGUUGGCAAUGUGGUUGAAGCCAUGUAUGGGGAUCUCCCUCCUCCAAUCAUGCUAAUUGGACACAGCAUGGGCGGUGCUAUUGCAGUCCACACAGCAUCAUCCAACUUGGUGCCAAGCCUUCUGGGUCUGUGCAUGAUUGAUGUUGUGGAAGGUACAGCCAUGGAUGCUCUUAACAGCAUGCAGAAUUUCUUACGUGGUCGUCCUAAAACCUUCAAGUCUCUGGAGAAUGCCAUUGAAUGGAGUGUGAAGAGUGGCCAGAUUCGAAAUCUGGAGUCUGCCCGUGUCUCAAUGGUUGGCCAAGUCAAACAGUGUGAAGGAAUUACAAGUCCAGAAGGUUCAAAAUCUAUAGUGGAAGGAAUCAUAGAGGAAGAAGAAGAAGAUGAGGAAGGAAGUGAAUCAGUAAACAAGAGGAAAAAGGAAGAUGACAUGGAGACCAAGAAGGACCAUCCAUACACCUGGAGAAUUGAACUGGCAAAAACAGAAAAAUACUGGGAUGGCUGGUUUCGAGGCUUAUCCAAUCUGUUUCUCAGUUGUCCUAUUCCUAAAUUGCUGCUCUUGGCCGGUGUUGAUAGGCUGGAUAAAGAUCUGACCAUUGGCCAAAUGCAAGGGAAGUUUCAGAUGCAGGUCCUACCUCAGUGUGGCCAUGCAGUCCAUGAAGAUGCCCCAGAUAAGGUAGCUGAAGCUGUUGCCACUUUCCUGAUCCGGCAUAGGUUUGCAGAGCCCAUCGGUGGAUUCCAGUGCAUGUUUCCUGGCUGUUAGUGACCUGCUAUCCAUCCCUCCCUCAGCAUCGAGCUCUGUUAUAAAUACAUCGCGCCAGAGGUCACUGUGAUGCCGCUGUCUCCUCCUUACCAUCCUGCCCGGCCAUGUGACACCGGCUUCCUGUAGAAUGGGCAUCCCCUGAUAUACAAACCCUUUCAUGUAUUCCUGCUGCAAAAGCAUUGUUUUCCAGGGCCCUUGACCAGCACUGGUCUCCCCAGCCCAGAGCUCCCUAGCCCCUACCCAUUUCCUGUACAGGGGUAGCCCCUGUCUCUCCCUGCCUUGCCUAGGGUGAAGCUGCCAUUAGAGCUGCCACUGGGCCUCUAUUCCUAGUAUCAGGUGAUGCACCUGGGUCUAAAUGUUUCCCCAGGCUCAGGGACCUCCAUUCUUUGAGAUUGUUGUUAGCAUGGUCCUGCCCUACCUCAUGGGAUGGACCAUGCACAGGUUGGUCCUUAUUUUCUCUUGCAAAUAAAACACCGGUCAGGUACCUUUUUAUCCCAGUCUUACUCUUUCAGGCUUGGGAGACCUGGGGAGGCCAGGAUCCCAUCCUUAGGUAUAGGAAGGGGUAGCGGAUAGCAUCACCACAGCCUGAAGAUCAAGUCCAGCCAGUCCAAGCACAUGGCCUCUCAUCUGAGAAGGGCCCACUCUCCCACUCCCACAUGUCUGGGCACCUGCCCUGGACUGAGGCCAGGCUGCUCCAGGGCCCUCCUGAGCCCUCACCUACCACAGAGUGACCCAGGUUAAUUACAGCCCGUGCACAAAGCCACAGCCUGUGGGAUUGUUUUUAAUAUUCCAAUUUAACCAUUUUCAUCCUUGGUCCCUGGAGGUGUGCAAAGUGCCCAUUUGCCUCUUCUAGACCCACAGCUUCUCUUUGCCAUUUGUGGUUUCCUUGUCACUCUUCAAAGAAACAGUAUAGCCUGGGAUCCCCAAUCCUUGUCCCCUUCCAGCUGCCUCAUCAUAACACUGCGGCCUCCCCCUGCUGCCCUGGCACGUCAUUUCUAAGGGCAGGAGGAGCAGUCUCCUGAAGCCCAUCUUUCUGUGACUGUCUAGAUGAUACAUAGGCCCCUCCACCAUUCCACUCAACAACUUCCUAUCCCUGUCCUGCUGCACGGUCCAGAGCCGGGGACCUAAUUUGUUUCUUUGUUAUUUAUGACCUUGUUUAAUGAAAAUAAAUAUUUCCCAACCUUUAUUGGUCUGGUCUUU